GAAUACAUGCCUAAUGGGAGCUUAGAAAGUUGGCUGAUCCUCAACUAAUGAGGUGAGGAUUCUAGGUCUAGUUGAAAGACUAAGCAUUUCUAUUGAUGUGGCAUGUGCACUGGAAUAUCUGUAUCACCGUUGCCACAAUCCGAUUGUGUACUGUGAUCUGAAGCCGGACAACAUUCUUCUCGACAGCGACAUGACUGCCCAUGUAGCUUAUUUUGGAUUAACAAUGUUUUUCUCAGAAUCCAUGAGCAAAUAUAGUUCAAUUGGAUAUGCUGUACCAGAGUACAGCAUGGGAGGUAAGGCUUCCGCAUUUGGUGAUGUUUACAGCUAUGGGAUCCUUUUGCUUGAGAUGUUUACUGGAAAGAGACCUACUGACAGCAUGUUCAAAAAUGGACGGACUCUUCACAGUUUUGCUAAGACGGCUUUACUUGAUGAAAUAGUAGAUCCCAUGCUUCUACCUAGCAAUAGCAGAGAAAGACAAUAGGCCGAGGAAGAAGGAGUACUUAUCAAUCAAGAUGAUACUAGUAUAAAACAAGCGCAGGAAUGCUUAGUCUCGAUAAUACAGAUUGGAGUUGCAUGUUCAGCUGAAUCCCCGAGAGAAAGGAUGGAUAUCGGGGAUGUUGUCAAGGAACUUCAACUAAUUAGAGACAUUCUCCUUGCUUUUCAUGCAAUUCACAGCUCAACCAGCGGGAGCUUGAGGUUCGAAGGGUCUUCCAGUCGUUCUGUUACUAGUAACUGGCAAAAUUUCACAUCAUUUCGUCUGCCUUGAUAUUUUUGGUGAAAAACUCGAGAUGUCGAUGCAUACUUGUA